GAGGUCCCUUCCCCAGAGGCGCCGGCGGGUGCUCCGUGCUCUGAACUCGGAAGCGCGGCGGCCGGCCGCACCACGCCGGCGGUGUCACGGAGGAGAGGCCGAAAGUUGCUGGCUCAACCGCUCAAGGACUCCAGGCCGGGACUGACCAAUGGCAGCUCUCGACUGAGUCCUACCUAGGUACCGUUCCUCUAUCAUGUCCGGCGAGAUGAAGCCACAGCAGCUGGGGGUGACGAGGCGUGCCAUCUGGAGGACCUGGCCUGUCCUGUGCUCGCAGUCACAGCACAGGCUUCCAUCAUCUUUUCGUGCCGCAAAGAAGAUCGCCACGAUGUCCACCUCGUCUCUGCCGCCACCAACUCAUCAAAAGAAGAAGGACACGGUCAUUGUCAUUUCGGGUCCUACUGGUGCUGGGAAGAGCAGGCUGGCGCUGGAGGUGGCCAGGAGGCUCGGAGGGGAGAUCGUCAGCGCGGACUCUGUGCAAGUCUACCGUGGCCUUGACGUUGGCUCUGCCAAACCAUCCGCGCAGGAGAUGAGCCUAGUGCCGCAUCACUUGAUCGACAUACUGGACACGUCCGACGAUUACUCGGCUGGAGCAUUCUUCCAUGAUGCCCGGAGGGCAACGCAGGAUGUUCUUGACAGAGGCUGCGUGCCCGUUGUUGCAGGAGGAACUGGGCUGUACCUGAGAUGGUACAUCUAUGGCAAGCCGGAAGUUCCACAGUCAUCCAUGGACACCACUUUGGCUGCGUGGUCUGAGCUCGCUGAUUUUCGGAAGACCGGCCAGUGGGAAGAAGCGGUAGAGCUGGUGGUGCAGGCUGGUGACCCCAAAGCUCGGGGCUUGUCUGUCAAUAACUGGAACAGAUUGAGCCGCAGCCUUGAGAUUAUCAGGUCCUCGGGCUCCCCUCCUUCUGCGUUCGCCUUACCGUACAAUGCAUUCUGUGAACAGCAUGACACUGGCCUAACUGAGGCCACCUUCGCUGAUGGGAACUGUGAGGCCAGGGAGCUGGAUUAUGACUUCUUCUGUAUUUUCCUCGCAAGUCCACGCAUUGAACUUUACCGGUCAAUUGAUCUAAGGUGUGAAGAAAUGCUGGCUGACACAGGUGGCUUACUUUCGGAAGCCUCAUGGUUGCUUGAUAUCGGUUUGCAGCCACGUAUUAACUCUGCAACUAGUGCCAUCGGUUACAAGCAAGCCAUGGAGUACCUGCUGCACUGUAGGCAGAACGGAGGCGAAAGCACCCCGCAAGAGUUUCUUGACUUUCUCGCCAAGUUUCAGAGGACAUCUAGGAACUUUGCAAAGAGGCAACUUACCUGGUUCCGCAAUGAGAAGAUUUACCACUGGGUCGAUGGCUCGCAACCAUUUGAGGCGCUUGUUCAAUUUGUCUGUGAUGCUUACCAUGGCUGCAGUGCAAGGAUGGUCCCUGAAUCACUUGAAAUGAAAAGGGAAAGUUGUGUGCUCAAAAGCCGUGAUCUCAAAACCUAUCGCUCAGUGAACAGGGUGUUUCUUGGGGAUGAUGACUGCUCUCACGUUUUGAAUUGGAUCAGGAGAACACAGGGCCAAUGAAAUCUAGCUCUACUCUCUUAUCAUGUUUUUUCAAACAUGGAAAUUGUCUAGCUUUCUGGUGUUAACCAAUUAGGACAGGAGUUUCUUAGAUCAAUACGCAAAUAACACAGGAAUUUAGUUUAUAGGUUUUGUUUCUGUUUUCUAUCAUAGUGAAAAUGCCUUUUCAAAGUGCCGCAAUAAUGAAAAGUCAGGUUUCUUCUUUGCCAUCUCCCUUUUUGAACUUUGUGAGAAGCUUGGUUCCUGUUUUCAUAAGGCAGUUUCUUAUUUGGCAUCUCCCUCUUUGUUAUUUGCAUCAAUAAUAGUACCUGAUUUUGUUAUUUCUUAAUCUUGAAGUGUGAUUCAUGCAGAAUUAAGCUGAGAUGUGUUGAGGACCAUACUUCCAUGUGAACUGUACCAUAAACGCUGUAGUGCACUGCAACUAUUUAUGUUGUCUGCCAGGGGUAUUAUUUGCUGUCAACCUAUGAUGUUGAGUCUCCAGUCUGCCAAUGUCUGGUACUCUGGUAUACUGGUUACUUGGUUAAGCAGUCUAAGACAGUACAAGUUUGGUUGUUUCGUCUGUACUGGUUAUUACAGAAGACAUGCAGCGCCAAAUUAAGCAGGUAUAUUUCCUUGCACUCUUAUCUUUUGCCUGCCAAAUGUCAUUUGCAAUUUGAACAGAAAGGUUGUUUUCCAUCAGCUAGUAGAAGGAACAAGGUUGGUUGAGCCAUCACUUUGAGUAUGCUUGAUAGUUGAUACACAUAACACUAUCGAUCAACCUAACAUUACCAGCCAAUUUACCAUUUCUCGGCUUACACUUGUUUUAGUGUUCUGAUCUGUAGUGGCACAACUAAUUAAUUAGGUGAAACAACCUUUGACUCUUAUAUCUACAACAUGUAGAAAGUGUGGCCUUUGUAUGUCCUGUACGUUGGCAACAAAUGGUAGUUACGUUUGUAGUACCUUUUUAGAACUUUGCAGUUUUCUGUUGCGAAGACCAAUACAUCUUUCAGCAUAGCAACACUGAUAACAGUUCCUUUUGAAUUUAUAUUUAAUUCGAGUCAUAAUUUUCUUUGAAUCAAAAGUGUACCUGAAGAUGCUGUGCACUGUGCAGAUAGUCAACUGGACAACCAUGUGUUGGUUGUGAAUGGUAAAUUGCAGCCGGCUACAGGUUGCUGCGAAGUAUGAAAACUUAUUGUAUACUGAAUAAAAUAUAAUAACAGUAUUUAGCAUGAAUUUAAGUCAACGGCUUGUACAAAAUGAUGUAUGAAGUCUUCGUUGUCUAGUUCUUUAGUUUUCAUAUCACUGACUCCAUAAUGAGCUUCAGCAUCUUUUUUCAAUAAAGAAGGAAAAAAAACUAUUGAUGUGGCUUAUGAUUAGGCAGGAAUGUGAUGAAUGGUUUGGUAGAUUUGGAAUGGCAUAAGUUUGACAAUGGUAUGGCUGUGGCUGCAUCUGCACCUAACUAGUGAAGAAAUCUGCCGCUUUCAGUUCUGGUGGAGAUAGUGGCAGAGUACCACAAUGUUAUUCGAUUGUGUAGAAGGCAUAUCAUCCAUUGGGGUUUAAGGCUGAAAUUGCAUGCAUGCAUGGAUGCAUGGGACCGUGUCAGAAUCAUAUUCCCCUGAACUAGACUUGAUGGUGGAGCCUAGAUAGAUAUUAUAGCAUGAUAAAGCAGUGUGAUAGUAUAAUAAUUCCCACAAAUUAUGUAGUGUGCCAAGUUGUCAACCCAACCUUUAUGGAAAGAAAAGGAAAGGAAAGAAGAGGAAAUGGCUGCAUCACUGGAGCAAAAGAAAGAAGGAAGGCACUUUUAGUCAGAAGCAUGUAUACUAAUUUUAUUACAUGCACAUAGUACUAGUUCAUUAUUGCAUCUCAUAUAAGUUUAGUAACAGCUAACAGGGCUUCAUGCCUGUAUCUGCAAUUCUGCAUGCAUUAUUAGUACAGGUAAGGAAGAGAACCUGUCUGUAUAUACAAAGGAAUGAACCUCCCUUCCAGGAAGCUGCUCUUAUGCAUAUCCCAAUAACUAACUGCAUAGACAGUGACAUUUUUCUUUCUUCUUUCUUUCUUUUUGUCCCCUGGUUUUUCUACUAGAAUCAACCGGGCAACCACUGAUGUGUUGUUUGUUGGCAAGGGAAGGGAGUUGGCCAUGCAUGAACAUGCAAGUGGAGGCAAAUAAGUUUGACUGCAGGUAGGAAGAGUUGUGACUUGCGGGGAGGAAUUAAUCAAGUCAAAGUGAAGGCAGGCCGCGUGUUAUAUUUUGUGGUAAAGCUCCCAAGGCAAGAGCGAGUCUUCUGUCUGGGACAGUACAGCGGGCGGUGCAUUAUAUUACCCUUUCAUCUGUACAAUACAAUACUGUAAUGUACACUUAUUAAUUGGUCAAAGAUGGUGCCUAG